AAAUUCAGAAAAAUGUCUGUUUUUGCAGAUGAGUCUUCAAAUGUAUUCUUCUUUAUGCAUUUUAUGAACCAUAUUAUUGAUGUAAAUUCACUGGCAUUACAACAGGCAAAGAGCAGUUUAAUUGACCUCUUAUGACCUUCAUAUGUGAAUGUCAUAACUCAUUCAUGCUUAUUGCCCGCCUCAAAACCCAUUUUCCUUUAAAGGGUACAACAUGAAAUGACCAUCUGGUGGUAAUUGUCAGAAAGCCCCGGUUGCUCCAUAUCCUUGUUUGCAAAAAUCUGUGGUGAACAAAGAUCAGGCGUGCAAUAUGUUCCCAUCACUGACAGAGCUCUUCACAACAUGGUCAUAUGUGUUCAUGUUGAUGUUGAAACUUAGCAUUCAUGUGACGUGAAGAUGUUUAACAUGGAAGUUAAUGUCUCGCAGGAAGCGUGGUGAAACUCAUCUGCAUACAGAUGACAUUGUGUUAUUUGAAAGUCCCUUAGAGGGCCUGCUAUGUGAAGAGCAAAUGAGAUGCAUUGAAAUGAGAUAAAAUAAUUUAUCUUGGGAAAAUAACACCAAGUAGCUUUGUAAAAUCUUUACUGUAUUGUAAUAGCUACCAUAAUGUGCUUUGUUGGUUGAUUUUGUGGGUUAUUCCAUGAUGGGAAAUAUUGUAAAAAAUAUCCCUGUUGUUUGUGUUGUCAUCACAAGGCUCUCCUCUCAUGAUGCUCUUUGUUUUGCUUUCAUUGUUAAGUCAUGAUGACAGGACCAUGGGUAUGCAGCAUGGCUUUCACAUAACUGAUCAUCUUGUGACUGAUCCAACUUCCCCCUGGCCCCCCAUCCUUUAAAGCACUGUCUUGCCCUUCUCCUUUUCCACCUGUGAAGCAAACUCAUCUGUGAGGAGAAGUUUUUUAGUUGACUUUUUCGGAUUCUCGUCUAAAGCAGGUGGUGCAGAUGGAUUAUACUCUAUUGUGAUUAAAACCUUUCAUCUCUAAUCUGGAAUACAGUGGUCUUGGAGGAGCUAUAGUUACAUAUGGGGACAUAGACCAUACUGCUGAUUGGGAAAACAGGAAAUAUCAUCACAUCUCUGAUGGAUAAAGACAGAGACAUUCACAGAAUGACAUUUUAACCUCUCAGCCUCAAAGAGCUGCCACAUCAAAAGCCACAAUGACAGACCCAAACACUUCCUUUUUCAUCGAUGACUUUGGUGACUUCUACACUGAGUACAAUAUUAGUGAGGAGAUGAACUACACCGACAAUCUCAACCUCACAGACUUUGUGGUGGACGAGAGGACACAUUUGUGUGACCCUGUCGUCUACGCAUCUGUUGUGAACAUCGCAGCAUGUGUGUUCUAUGUGCUCAUCUUCGUGGUGGCCCUUCCCGGGAACCUCAUAGUUGGGCUGGUGAUUGGCUCGAAGAGACGGGUCCUCUCCCCGUCGGACAUCUACCUGUUUCACCUGAUGGUGGCCGACAUCCUGCUGGCCCUGUGCCUGCCCUUCUACGCCACGUCGGUGGUGCGGGGCUGGCUGUUCGGCGAUGCUGUGUGCAAGCUGAUCAGCAUGAUGAGGGAGGUGAGCUUCUACAGCAGCAUCCUGUUCCUGGUUUGCAUCAGCGUGGACCGGUACCAGGUCAUUGUGCGCGCCAUGGAGGUCCGCAAGGGCACGUGGCGUUGGGGCAGCUGCUCCGUCUGCCUGAGCGUCUGGGCACUAGGCCUGGUGCUCUCUCUCCCUGCCCUCUACAAUGAGGCCGUCUUGCAGGCGUCCGGAGAGACGACGUGCGCCGAGCGCUACGACCCGGAGAGCGCAGACGAGUGGCGCCUGGCCACGCGCGUCCUCCGCCACCUGCUGGGCUUCCUGCUGCCGCUGGCCGUCAUGCUGGGCUGCUACGGCGUGACGGUGGCGCGGCUGAUGCGCACGCACAGCUUCCGGCGCCAGCGGGCCAUGCGCGUCAUCGUGGCCGUGGUGGCCGCCUUCCUGCUCUGCUGGAGCCCCUACCACGUGGCCCUGAUGGCCGACACGCUGCUGCGCGCCAAGGCGCUGGCGCACGGCUGCCCCGCGCGCACCGCCGUCGACGUGGCCAUGUUCGCCACGCACAGCCUGGGCCUGCUGCACUGCUGCAUCAACCCUGUGCUCUACGCCUUCGUGGGACAGAAGUUCCGCAGCAACCUCACGCAGCUGCUCUACAAGAAGGGCGUGCUGGACAGGGCCUCGGUCAGUCGGGCCAGCAGAUCCACGUCCCAGACGUCAGACCACACCUCCACUGUCCUCUGAACCUCCUGCCCAGCUCAGGGCUCAGGCAAACUGUUGUGAAGAGAUUUAAUAUUUUUCCCCUUUUUAAGAUGUUUUGAACAUUUAAAACGUAUUAACCAAAAUUGAAGAAGAUUAGUUUCCUAAAAUCUUAAGCAACACUGCCACCUAGUGGAAAAUGUAACCACCUACAAACACAUUGCUGUUUUAAAGGGAAAGAUUGAGGGUCAGGAUUCACCAUUUCUCUUAUUAUUAGCCUCAUUAUGAAUAGCCAGGGAUUUUAUUUUAUGCAAAUAUAAGAUUCCUAGACUAUCUGAGAGCAAUGGUAAUCCGAGCUGCUCUGUGAGCAUUGUCAUUGGAUAUUAUGAUGAAGUGUGUGACGAAGUGUAACUUUUAGUAUGCAAUUUUUAAAUGCAAGGUUGACACCUUGUGGUGAAAACCAUUUAUUGACUUGUAAGGUGUAUAGGCAAGACAGGGCCAUUUUCCCUAAUCUAUUUUUUUUAAUAUAUUUUAUUUACAGUGUAUCUUAAUGAAAAAAAUGGUUAUGCAUUUCAAUAGAAAUAGGGAAGUCUAAUGAGAAGUCUGGAAUGCACAACACACAUUCACAACAUUUUGUUUUGAUUUGUUUCAGCUUUUUGCUUAUAUUUGGAUAGGACAGUGAAGAUUGACAGGAAGGAAGUGAGUGGAGAGAGAGAGAGAUGGGGUGGCAUUGGGAUAUGAUCGCAGGUCAGAUUUGAACCUAGGUCCCUGUGGGCACUUGGGCCUGUACAUGGUAUGAGCGCUGUGGCCUGUUGCACCACAAUGUCCCCUACAUUCACAACUAUACCUCAAGAGUCCAUAAUACGUUUGAGAAACAGACAUGUAUAUGUAGAUUCAGUUUUCCAUUCUGCACACAGGCAGAGAGAAAGAGAGAGAACCUGUUUCGCCACCUGUGGGGGCGUUUUUCUGCGGUUGAGUGAUUAAAUCUAGACCCACCCACACAUCUUCAGCUAUAAUGCUGUUAUCAUAGCACUGAGGAAGUUCUUGCAUCAGAAUAAGAUGUCAAACUCAAGACGCUAACCUGCAGAUAACAAGCAGACUGCUGAGUGGAUCCUUGGCUGGUGACCUGACCAAAAGCGAGGAGAGAGGCUUUCACCUCAAGUUUGACUUGCUUCAGCACGCCAUCAUAGAACAGGUAAAGUUGCCAUCAGAUAAAAGUUAGUUUCAAAGAUCUGGAACUAUUAUGCUUAUUUUCAGCCCCACAGAUUUAAGAGAGCAAUUUCUGAAAACUAAACUGGUAAGUAAAAAAAUAAUUUGUAGAACUUCAAAGGCAUUUGUGAAUUUCAAUCUUAUAUACAAUCUAUGAUUGGAAUUCAUGUUGAAACAAUUCCAAUACUCUGACAUUACACUGAAUAUGCAAUAUACAAUCACUAUGUCAACCUUGCUUUUUAAACAAGAGUAAUAGAGUUUUUUUUUAAUCUAAAGAUUAUCUGCACUCAUUUACUUAAAUGUUCAUAAAGCUGGAAACUGACCACUAAUGAGAAUGAUGUAUUCACAUGCAACAUCUAGAUGACAAGUAACAUUACAUAGUGCAAUGUAAAUAGAACUUUUUUUUAUAGAAUGCAAGGGAUGUUUUUUUGCCUUAAUGUCAAAAUGCUACUGCAGACUCUCUGGAUGUAUGUUUAAUGUGCUCACUUGUAAACUUGGAAUCGUAAUGCAUUUUUAAAGGGUGAUGUGUUUUUUUUUCAUGAAUAAAGUAUAUAAAUGAAAACA